GAAAAUGUAGGCCACUUUUUAUUUUUUGAAUCUGCAGUAACUGUUGUUUCACUCAUUAUACUAGCUCUUGCUGUCAGUGAGUUUUGUCUCGACCUCAAUGAAUGCGGAGCACCAGUAGUAGUAUACAAGGUGCUCUGGAAUCUCAGUUCGUGUAUCAAGGAGGUGACGUGUGAAUGACCUAAAGGGGCCUGUACUGCUGCUGCGAGUUGUGGCCACUCAAUUAUUUGAACCAGCUCCCUCCAAGGAAUUUGUUGUUUCAUUGGGUGUAGCUAUUUUGAGUGGCAUUAGUGGAGGAAAGAAGACAUUAGCUUGCAAUGGCGGAGGCCGAGGAUGAAAUCAUUGAGAGCAUUGCCCUUGCUGAGAGUCUCACCCUCACGGAACGCCCGCAUGAUGAAACCGUCGAGAGCAUUGCCAUGGCUGAGAGCCACACCCUCGCAGAGAGGCCACACAAUGACCUGGAGGAGUUCCGCCGUGAGUGGCGUCAGGAGGUGGAGUCGCGCCACCGUGGCGGCAAGACUGCUGCACGAGGUCAGGACGGUGCAAAGGCAACUGCCGAUCGUGUGCCUGCGGCUACAACUACAGCCACUCUCCCAGCAGCAGCAGCAGCAGCAGCGUCGGCAUCGAGCGUCACCGCCUCGCAGGCGCAAGCGACCGCAAACGACCCCGUCGAGCCUGCUGCAGCGGACAGACACGUUGACGCUGCGGAGGUGGACAGCUCAGCUGCAUGUACAGCCGGCAGCACAUCGCCAUCGGCCAGUUGCCCAGCAAAGGACGCCUGCCCCACGCAAGAAGUUCAAGAACAGACCAGUGGUGAAGGUGAAGAGGCAUCGGCUGCUGUAGCAGCAGCAUCGGCACAGUCCGCGCCUUCUGGCCACCACGAUGCAGCCUCAGUGCAUUCUGGAAGGGAAAUCCCCAGUGACUCUGAUGGUGACACGGACGAUGGUGAACCACUACCGCGAGGCGUUACGGUAUCAGAAAGCUCGACUUCAUGUGACGGGGAAACGAUGGAUCUGUACGAGCUAUUCCGCGACUCGCAGAUCGAGCCCGAAGUGCCGGGGAUGCCUGGGACACACAUCUCUGCGUUACCAGCGGACGUGUUGCAGUGCAUCUUUGAGUGGGUGGUGUCGUCCUCGCUGGAUGUCUACACUCUGGAGAAAUUGUCCGAGGUGUGCCGGCAGUUCUACUUGUGGAGUCGCUACCAUGUGCUCUGGCGAGCCGUAUGCCGCAGAAUAUGGGGAAAGGCCACCAUAGCAGCACCCGAACUAUCGUGGCGAGACCACUAUCUGACUGUGUCACAUCCGCUCUACCAUGGUUGUUAUGUAAGCUCCACAAUGUACUAUCGUAGUGGAGAGAAGUCGCUGGAUGAGUUCUACAAGCCGUACCACACCGUUGUGUACUACCGCUAUAUACGCUUCUUCGUGGACGGUGCGUUGAUUAUUGGUUGCGGCUCCAAGCAUCCGCGUCUUGUCGUGGGCAAGCUCACGCCCGGCACCGUGUCGGUGCCUGGCGUCGAUGCCUAUGCCGGUACCUACUGCAUACAGGGAGAUAAGAUCAUUGGUACUUAUACGGUGGAGCGGCCGUCUGAUCACAGCGCCGCCGCUGCCAGCGGAAGACGCCGUGCUGGCCAGCAACAGGAUAGGAAUGACGUCAUGCGUCACAUCUUCCACAUGGGUUGGCAUUUGGAAGCAACAAAACGCCAGCCAUUCAAUCGUCUUGUCUGGGACCACUAUUACUACGAAAGCUUGCAUCCGCAACGCGGUUUGGUCUACCGAGAUGAUCUCCAACUGGGAAACUUCUACCCACCAGCUAUCUUCUCUCGUGUCAAGAGCUACACACAGUAUGUCACCGGACCGUUGGAGACUAGCACGCGGUGACGACACUAGUUCGUUUGCUGCUUGUGCUGUUGAUGUCGCGCCGCCGGUUUCUUGUGACAUCAGCGAACGGAGGGACCGAUUGCGUGUCUCUGUGUGCGUUGGAAGGUUCUGGUGUGGCACGACGCUGGUCGGCCGUACUGCAUGACGGUGCGUGCCGACAUAAUCAUGGAGUCGCGGCCCCCAACUUGUGUACAACGUUAAUGGUGCCGUCAAAAACUGAGACAAAUUCUCGAUGCAAUCAGUAUCUACCGGUAUGUGUGCUUGAGUAGAACUGGAGGUUAUGUGGGUGGCAUCAGAGCCUUUCAGAGGUAGUGAAAGUGCCCACUUGUAUAUGCAUGUCAUCCGUAUAUGGAUAACUUGCCACCCCUUUCCGGCUCUCUGCCACCACUGUCCACUCCUUGUAUGGGUAAUCCGCACUGGCACCAUUGCAAGCUGACCACAAGAUGAUCUCCAGGGCUGUGGAAAGGCUCUCUGGCCGGCUGGCCUGUCCUCUUUCAAGACUUUUCUCAGUGCCAGCAGCAGACACGUACACAUGAGGGGUAGUACCUGUACGCCUGCCAACAUUCCGAACCUUGGCGACCCUGCACGUACCUCUAGCUCUGUGUACCUUGUGUAACCGUAUUGAAUCUACUAACGAUACUAUACCACUUGUCUUGAGCCAGAACGAGAGUGUAUUUUCUGUGCAGUGUGAGAUGACAUGCUCUUAUUCGACUUGUAGUGUGUUUCAGCUCUCUCCACAUGGCUGUCCACUGCAGGCCUUGUUACUUUCGCUCCCAUCUUGUUUGUGUCAAGCUGGCCUUGAUUAUUGCCAAACUAUUCUGUAAGCUGCCCCCCCCCCCCCCCCCCCUGCUUUCCAAGUGUUGGUGUCGUACUGUUUGUGUUGUGGUGAUGGAUCUCCUGUUUUUUUUUUAAAUUGUGACUGUACUGGACCUAACCCAUCAGGCUCAGCUGCUUGACUGUAUUAUUAAUUUAUUUUUGUUGUACUCGUUCCACCUUCAAGCUUUGUUGGCUAUCCGGAUCCAUAAUGCUUUCCAUGCGGACUAUCAUACGUGUUUGACAAAUGGACAACUCCAGGCUAGUUCAGAGUAA